GUCAAACUCCUUUCUUCACUUUAUUUAGCUGUUCGUGCAUGUAGCUCCCAAGCUUUUCACUGCUCUAGUUAGUGAAGCAUUUAUUUUUGAGUCAGCUGCAUUUCUUAAGACUGUAACAACGAAAGGCAUUUCCUGAGAAACUGCAAGGAUGAGCAGCAAGAAAGAACAACAGCUAAGGAAAUAUGGGACCCUUGUAGUGUUUUUUAUCUUGCAAGUUCAGAUUUUUGGUUUUGAUGUUGACAAUCGACCUACAACAGAUGUCUGCUCAACACACACAAUUUUACCUGGACCAAAAGGGGAUGAAGGUGAAAAGGGAGACAGAGGAGAAGUAGGCAAACAAGGAAAGGUUGGACCAAAAGGACCAAAAGGAAACAAAGGACCAGUGGGAGAUGUUGGUGACCAGGGAAUGCUUGGGAAAAUUGGUCCAAUUGGUGAAAAGGGUGACAAAGGAGCCAAAGGCUUACCAGGGGUUUCAGGAAAAAAAGGAAAAGCAGGCACGGUCUGUGACUGUGGAAGAUACCGCAGAUUUGUUGGACAAUUGAAUAUCAAUGUUGCUCGUCUUAACACAUCCAUCAAGUUCAUGAAAAAUGUUAUAGCAGGUAUCAGGGAGACAGAUGAGAAAUUCUAUUACAUUGUGAAAGAAGAGAAGAAUUACAGAGAAGCCUUGAUCCACUGCAGGGACAGAGGAGGAUCACUGGCCAUGCCUAAAGAUGAAGCAACCAAUGCCCUGAUUGCUGACUACAUCUCCAACAGCGGCCUCUUCCGAGCCUUCAUUGGGCUGAAUGACAUGGAAAGAGAAGGACAGUUUGUGUAUUCAGACAACAGCCCACUGCAGAACUACAGUAACUGGAAGCAAGGGGAGCCUCAUGACCCAGCUGGUCAUGAGGACUGUGUGGAAAUGCUCAGCACAGGAGAGUGGAACGACUCUGAGUGUCAAGUCACCAUCUACUUUGUCUGUGAAUUCUUCAAGAAGAGGAAAUAAAAGUGACAGGGAAUGUGCCUGGCACUGGCUGUACAUAAAAUAACACAUCCUCAUUCAUUCACAGUAGGGAGAGCAAAUCAGGGAUAGGAAACCAGGGACAGGGCUGAAUCCAGCCUUCACAUCACUGGGCUAAGCAAGAGUAACUACUGUUUUGUCACCAGUGACUGUAAAGUCAGCACAGGUCUACAGGGGCAUCCAGAUGGUUGCGAAUUUUUAUUUCAUUUCUACAUGCAUUUUAGGAUUGGCAUUUCUGUGUGUAAUUUAGGGGUAAAUUUAGAGUAUGCAGAAGUGAAUAGAAUUUCACCAGUUCCAGAAAUAGUAAGAUCAUUGGUAUAUGAAGUACUGAUGUGAUUUGCACAGUCCACAGAUAGAAAGAGCAUGACCUUCAUUAAUCUGUGACUUGCACAGGGAGUCCCAGCAAUUUCCCUAAUGACUUCACAGAUUGGAGAACACAGAAGAUUUUAAGUAUUUCUUGAAAAAAUCCUUCUUUGUUAAAAUCAUAAUUUGAGGUGGGAGGUAUCGCUGGAAGUCAUUUGGUUAAAUCUUGCAUGCAAAAUAGGACCAACCUCAAACUUAGAAGUUGUUAUACUCUCCUUAAUUUGUCUGUGCAACUAUAUUGCCUGAUAGGCAUUUAUCUGGUCUUCUGUAAAGCCUUUGACACAGUUCCUUACAGUAACAUUCCCUUUAAACUGGAGAGGUGGAUUCAAUGUUAGAUGGAUAAAGAAUUGGUUAGAUGGUCACAUCCAGAGGGUGUUGGUCAACUGCUCAGAGUAUCAAUGGACGUCAGUGACAAGGGAUGUCCCUCAGGAUCUGCAGUAGGAUCAGCACUAUUUAAUAUCUUCAUUAAUGACACAGACAAAAAGAUGAAGUGCACCCUCAGCACAUUUGCAGAUAGCACCAAGCUGGGUGGUGCAGUUGACACACCUGAAGGAUGGGAUGCAAUUCACAGGGAUCUGGAUGCCACCCAGAGGGACCAGGUUUGAGAAGUGGCCCAUGGGAACCUUACGAGGUUUAACAUGACUAAGUGCCAGGUGCUGCACUUGAGUUGGGGCAACCCCUGGUAUCAGUCCAGGUGAGGGAUGAACAGAUGGAGAGCAGCCCUACUGAGAAGGAAUUGAGGGUGCUGGUGGAUGGGAGGCUGGACAUGAGCUGGCAAUGUGCACUCACAGGCCAGAAAGUCAAACAUGUACUGGGCUUUAUCCAAAGCCCUGUGAUUCUGCCCCUCUACUUCACUCUGCUGAGGGCCCACCUGCAGUGCUGUGUCAGCUCUGGGGUCCCCAGCACAGA